AUGUCUUUUUCUGCACUCUCACUCACACUAGGCAUCAUAAGUAGUUUGAUCUUUCCAGAUGUUAAUACUGUCAAACUUCCACUUGCUGGCAACAUCACAAUCACAAGAAGAAUAUUUUUAAAGACCAAUGAAGCCUUUCCCCGGAAUUUGGAAAUGGAAAAAUCCACACUGAGUAUGGCUCCAACUAGCAGCAAAAUAAACUCCCCUACCAUCCUUCACUUAUACCAGCCCUUGGCAAAACCAGCGCCUGCUCAUGCCAGCCUGCCUCUCCGCUUUGGUCGUGCACACCUGCAAUGGGUUCCCGAGACCUCCAUCAACCUACCGCAGAGGUUUGGUCGCUCAGGAAACACCAAGCCUACCUCUGGUCUACACUGGUGUACAAUGUGCUGCCGUGGUGAAAGUCCACCUUCAACCACUCUUCAACAGAGAUCUGUCAAGCGAAACCUUUUGUUUGAGAAUCACAUUUGA